AUGAUAUAUAUUACAGCAAUCAAUUUAAGAUUUACAGCUAUGGUACAAAUGGAUUCAGAUGGAGAAUGUGUGGCUGUUGGAAAAAGUCCUAUUGAUGAAUUUCAUCAACAACAACUAUUAGUUUUUGGUUAUUUAUGUUUGGCUUUAUUAUUAAUAUUACCAGCUAUUGUUGUAACAACAUGUUAUAUAUUAAUGAUAAUUCAUUAUAUUCGUAGGAAACGUUCAAAUAAAAAUUUUAAUGGUUUUAAUUUAAAUAAUUUACAAGAUAUUUUAACAUUACUUGUAAUUAUUUGGUCUGCUGAAUCAACAAUAGCUAAUAUACUUGAUAUGGUUUCAUUUUAUGAUUUUAAAAAUUAUGGUUAUACUAAAUUAGCAGAAAUAAUUCAAAGUUCAACUGAAUUAGUACGUACAAUAUUUUUUGUUAGUCGUACACUUAGUUUAUUUAUUUGUAUUCAAUCUAUUCGUUCUAAAUUUAUUGAACAUAUUCAAUUCAUUGGUACCUUUUUUAUUAAAAUAUUUAAACGAUUGAUAAGGAAACAAUGAAAACAAGUGUGUCAUUUUAUUUCAUCUUUUUUCUGUUUUCUUAAAAUAUCAAUGGUUGAGAUCAUGAAUCAAUUGAAGCUAGACCACUAUGGGAAACCUGGAAGCACUGGACAGCCG